AUGCCUUCACAAGAUGAGUUGGCUCAGGCAUUUAGAAUACCUAUAUUAGAUACGGACGGAAAAGAGCGAUUGUUCGCAGAUCUGUUUGAUAAUCCAAAUGCGUCCGAAAAGAGACAAGUUAUGGUCGUCUUUGUACGACACUUCUUCUGUGGUAGCUGUCAGGAUUAUGUUGCUACCCUUUCUUCUUCAAUUCCAUCUCCGGCUUCUCUUCCGCCAGGCGUAAACCUCGUUGUCAUCGGCUGCGGUGCCAGCAGCCUCAUUUCGAUGUACGCGAACACCACAUCAUGCUCUUUUCCAAUAUACACAGACCCGACGGGCCGCCUAUAUUCCAUCUUCGGCAUGACACGAACUUUGACUUUGGGACCAAUGCCUGACUACCUCAGACACUCCACAUUUUCCUUGGUGAUUAAAGGCAUCAGGCAAGGCUUAGGCCGGACUUUCAACGGCGAUGCCUUAAAGUCGGGAAAUAUGGCUCAAGUCGGCGGAGAAUUUUUCUUCAAGAUCGGUCCUAAAAAGGAAAACGAAAAGCAAGACAUCACUGUCACCUGGUGUCAUCGAAUGAAAACGACACGGGACCAUAUCGAAGUCCCGGCCCUUAAGCGCGUGAUGGGGUUUGAAUGA